CGGCGGCGACAUGUAGGUCGCUGGGAAUGGGAAUGGAGGACGUCGAGAAAGCGUACAGAGGAAUGUCGAGGCUGGAAGGUGUAGCGUUGAAGGCGAGUCAUGUCGCUGACGCUGUGCUCUUCCUUGCUUCCGAUGACUCAGCCUUUGUCACGGGCCAUGACCUUGUGGUCGACGGAUGAAGAAAGAAUGAAAAGGACGAAAGCAGAAAUGAGGGAAGUAAGGGAAGAAAACGAGAGACUUAAGAAACGUUUGGAUGAAACAAUGAAGAAUUACGAGACACUGAAAAGGCAGCUCCAGCUCCAUGAAAUGGGUCAACUCAGAGAACCAAAAAAGUCAACACAAACAACUGCAAUUGCCAUACGUAACCAUGAGGUUGAAGAAAUGGACCAAGUGGUUUCACUCACAUUAGGAAGAAGAUUAUUCAACAACAUUUCCUCACCAACAAAAUCAGAUCCUCAAAACGUGGGCUUUCUGGGUUUGCCGGCGCCCCCCACCGGAGAAGAUGAACUUUCUCGGCACAAUCCUCCCAAGAAACCUAGGGUUUCUGUGAGAGCCCGGUGUGAUGCCCCGUUGGUGCAGAUGAACGAUGGAUGCCAAUGGAGGAAAUACGGGCAGAAGACGGCAAAAGGAAAUCCUUGCCCUAGAGCUUAUUAUCGUUGCACAAGUGCACCCUCAUGUCCCGUUAGGAAACAGGUGCAAAUGAGUGUUGAUGAUAUUUCCAUACUAAUCACCACCUAUGAAGGAACUCACAACCAUCCUCUACCUGUUUCAGCCAUGGCCAUGGCUUCCACCACCUCGGCUGCCGCCUCGAUGCUCCUCUCGGGCCCUUCUUCAUUCGCCACCGCUGCGGCGAAUCUCCAUGGAUUGAACUCGUAUCUCUCUAACAACACAAAUUCAAAGGGAUUCUACUUGCCAAACUCUUCAACGCUAUCUUCUUCUCUCAACCAUCCCACAAUCACUUUAGACCUCACUUCAAACUCUCCCUCAACUAAUUAUCUCCCAAAGUUUCCUCUUGAUUUUGGCUCUUCUCAAUACAGCUUCAUGCCUUGGAACAAUAGUAACAGUGGCUAUGGCUAUGGCAAUGCCAAUCAAGCCGGUCAUCAACAAUUUUCCAAAUCUUCAACUCCGCCCCCGCCAUUGUCGUCACCUCUACCGGACACGAUUGCAGCAGCAACUAAGGCGAUUACGUCUGACCCGAAUUUCCAUUCGGCAUUGGCAGCUGCCCUGAGCUCGAUCAUCGGCGGCGGGAAUGGGAGCAAGACAGCUCCUCCAAUGGCUAGCUAUGUUGAAGAACCUCAGGGAAAUGUGUGUGCAUCAUCAAGUUUAAGCUCUCAACAAGGAAGUAUGGGGUUUGAGGCAGCUAAAUCAUUAUCAUGCUCCACCUCCAAGAGUCCUUCCUCAUCUCCUGGGGAUAGUAGAGAAAAUGGCAAGUGAAAAUGGAUGGAUGAUGAAAUAUUCAACAUAAUGAGAUUUGUAAAUAACCCAUUCGUGUAAUAGCCAGACACCAAGGGAUGCAAUGUACCAAGGCACUAGGCUCCAUGAAAGUGGACUGUGAGAUCCACCAUCAAACUUCUUCCUACCAUACACAUUUUUAGAACCGUGAGGCGGAUAGUAAUUGAUCAAAAUAGAUAAUAUUUGCUAGUAGUGACUCGGGAUGUUACACAAUUGGGCAAUUUGUCCUUUUAAUAUUUUUAUAGGGUAGUUUGUCCUUU